ACUAGUCAUACCACACGAUCAAAGCCAAGAUUAACAAAUUGUCUUCAUGACCAAUGAUUGAAUCCAAAGAUAUUCACACCCAUUUAAAAAACAGGCAAUCUGGUACUGAAUUUUCACAUGUUUCAAUGAAAGUUUGGGAUUGAUAUACUCUGGAGAAAUGGCAGACUUACACUCUCCUUUACUUGAUCCAAAGGAGAACAAAUCUACAAGCCUAUGUUCAUCUUCUGAUGAGAAUGACCACUUCCCACGAACAGGCACACUAUGGACUGCAACAGCUCAUAUAGUAACAGCAGUAAUAGGAGCAGGAGUUUUAUCACUAGCAUGGAGCGUUGCACAAUUGGGAUGGAUUGCAGGGCCUACUGUGAUGCUUGUUUUUGCUUCCAUUACAUUGUAUUCCACUUUUUUACUUGCUGAUUGUUACAUGUUUCCAGAUUCUGUCACUGGACCCAAUAGAAAUUAUACAUACAAGGAUGCUGUCACCGUCUAUUUGGGUGCAAGGAAAGCAUGGUUUUGCGGAUUAGUUCAAUACAUCAACCUGUAUGGAACAGGAGUUGCCUACACAAUUACUGCUGCAAUCAGCAUGAGAGCAAUCAGGAAAUCUAAUUGUUACCACAAAUAUGGACAUGACUUUCCAUGCAAUUACUCGGAGUACACUUUUAUGAUCCUCUUUGGGAUAACACAGAUUAUAUUAUCUCAAAUUCCAGAUUUCGACCAAAUUUGGUGGCUUUCCAUAGUUGCAGCAAUAAUGUCCUUUUCCUAUUCAAGCAUAGGAUUGGGAUUGGGCAUUGCAAAAGUAAUUGAACACGGAAAAUUUUAUGGAAGCAUAUCGGGGAUAAGUGUCAUGACUACACUUACUACAGCUCAAAAAGUUUGGCGUAUUUUUCAAGCUCUUGGGGAUAUUGCAUUUGCCUAUCCAUAUUCAUACAUAGUCAUAGAAAUUGAGGACACUCUGAAAUCGCCACCUGCAGAAAAUAGUACCAUGAAGAAAGCAUCCUUGAUUUCUAUCAUGAUCACAACUUUCUUCUAUCUGAUGUGUGGCUGCUUUGGCUAUGCAGCCUUUGGUGAAGAUGCACCUGGAAACCUUUUGACAGGAUUUGGGUUCUAUGAGCCUUAUUGGUUGAUUGACUUUGCCAAUGCAUGUAUUGCAGUUCAUCUGGUUGGAGCGUACCAGGUAUAUUGUCAACCCUUGUUUGCAUUUGGUGAACGAUGGUUUUCUUGUCAGUGGCCGAAUAACAGAUUUAUCAACCACCAACGCAGUAUAUCUGUUCCCUUGGCUGGACCGAUCAACAUUAACUUCUUCAAGCUGUUUUGGAGAACUGCACUUGUGUUGUCAACCACUGCCAUUUCAAUGCUGUUUCCCUACUUCAAUAAUGUGCUAGGGAUUUUGGGUGCUAUUAAUUUUUGGCCAUUGACAAUAUACUUUCCAAUGGGGAUGUACGUUGUAAAGAACAAAAUUCAGUGCUGGUCAUUGAGAUGGACUCUUUUUCAAAUUUUCAGCUUUAUUUGCCUUCUUGUUUCAGUGGCAGCUCUUGCUGGAUCUAUAGAAGGGAUUGUGUAAGAUGAGUGAAUUUAGAUGUUCCCCUUAAUGAUAUCCAGGAUGGGGAAGUAUUUGCUGCUAUCUGCUUAUUUGUUGUAUAUUAUAUUUAUUUGAAGAUAUGCUCUUUAAGGAGUCGGGCAAAAAUACAGAUUCCUAAAUGAAAAUUGACUGAAAUCAAACAGAAGUGGACAUUAGUUCAA